GAACCCUUCCGCCACGAUCCUUCCCUCAAAUGCAAAGAACAUUCCACCUCCGGCGCGAUUUCCUGGUUCAAUCCCACCGCAGCCUCAUACAGUCGAGCUCGAAUCCUAGCCGAAGGCGACGGCCCACGAAUCGAAGACGAGAAUCUCCUCCCCGUAGAUGUGGGGUAUAAAUGGUCGUCUCGAGAUAACCGUAAAGGCCGGCAUACGCUCGUCAUAACAGAAGAAGCUUUAGACGAUGAAAGGAUUUCUACGCCGCCGAGGAGUGGGAGUUGGGAAGCGAUACAAGAGGGCGUUCGGCGAAUGUUUACGGAUUUCCCGGUGGGGAAUAUUUCGUGGUGGGCUGCGGUGGUAUUCACGGGUGGGAGUGUUUUAUGGAUUCUUUCGGCGACUUUCAAUCUUUUGGGGUACGAUCCGGCGACUUCGUUUCCGGGACAGAGGUUGUAUGGAGGUGGGAUUACGGCGUUUAUUGGAUCUGUUGUCUUCGUGAUCGGGAAUAUCUUUUUGUUCCUCGAGUCUUUCAACGAGAAUCGUGUGGGUUGUUUCGGAUGGGAAGUUCGGCCGGGCGCGGAUGAAGAUGGGGACGAAAAGGUGUUGUGGAGAUUGAGGCCCGUGGAAGCAAAUUGUACACAUGAGCAGCAUCAUCAGAGUGGGGUGAAGAGUUGGAUUUGGCUUCCGAGGUGGGGGGAUGUGAAAGAGCAUUACAUUCAUGAGAUUGGGUUUAUUGCGGCGGGCAUUCAGGUCGUCAGUGCGCUCAUCUUCUUCAUCUCGGGUGUUGCGUCGAUUCCUGGGAUGUCGGAUCGGUUGACGAAGCCUCUCAUGUUUGGCGUGUAUUGGGUUCCGAAACUGGUGGCGAGCUGCGGGUUCGUGGUCACUGGAUUUCUUUACACCGUUGAAACGCAGAAUGAAUGGUGGAAGCCUGCCGUUCGCUCACUUGGUUGGCAUGUCGGGUUUUGGAAGUUUUUCGGUGGUAUUGGAUUUCUGCUACUUGCGUGCUUUGGCCUCAACCAGUCUCAAUGGGCGCAAUAUCAAUCUGCCAUUCAUUGCGUAUGGGGUUCUUGGGCAUUCUUGAUUUCGAGCGUUCUCAGAUGGUACGAAUGCUUGGAGCAGUACCCGGUGGAGGUGUUGAGGUCUGAUACAGCAGACUUGGAAAAUUUGUAAGAAGAAUCCUUUCAGUCGCUUGAUGAUAGCCCUGGAGUCCACACGUCGUGCGACUGAUUACAAGAUAUGUUCUUACGGAAUUCAUCAUCACUCUAUCAGCAGUGC